UUUUUUAAAAAACUGUUAAAUUUUUUUAUUACUAUCUUACCUGCAUUUAAAAUUCCUUUUUUUUUCUUAAAAAUAAGUAGAAUACAAUAAAACAUCUCAUGUUAAAACUGGAUAUAAUACAAUUACUGAUUCUAAUGGUAUAAACUAUAACACAAAUAUAACUGAAAAAUUUAUCGAAUGUUCAAAGUAUUUAAAUCUAACUGAUACAGUACUACAGGUGAAUGAAAAUCUAUGGCAUAUUUCUAAUCAUUCAUAUUCAUUUAAUAAAAGUAUAAAUUCUUUCUCAUCGUAUUAUUAUCAUAACCAAUCGAUUGCGGCAACAACCAAAACCACUAUUCAAUUUAAUAUGGGGAUAAGGGAGGAUAUUAUAGUGUUUAAUAGCACAGUAAAUAACAAUAUUAGCCAUUAUACAUCUAAUAUCGUUACUCAAAAGGAAAAAUCAUUUGCUUAUUGGGCUCUAUUGUUAUCAAGUGUCCCAAUCAUGACAAUAUUCGGAAACGUCUUAGUGAUACUGAGCGUUUACAGGGAAAAAAAUUUACAUACCAUCACAAAUUAUUUUAUAGUGAGCUUGGCUUUUGCGGAUAUAUUCGUGGCCACAUUAGUUAUGCCCUUUGCUGUUUACAUUGAGUUUACAAAAGGCAUAUGGGAAUUGGGAGGAAUGUUAUGCGAUUUUUUCAUUGCGUGUGAUGUGUGUAUGAGUACGGCUUCUAUAUUAAAUCUGGCAGCCAUUAGCAUGGAUAGAUUUAUAGCCGUGACAAAACCGAUCAAAUAUUCCAAGCAAAAUCAUAGCAGAAGAGUUCCAUUAACAAUAUGCGUCUGUUGGUUAGUUUCAGCUGCAAUAGGGUUACCAAUAAUUCUUGGCCUAAACAACACUGAAGGAAGGGACAAUACAGUUUGCACAUUUUACAAUGCAGACUUUAUAUUAUAUUCGUCGCUAUCUUCCUUCUAUAUUCCUUGUUUAAUAAUGAUAUAUCUUUACACGAAAAUAUUCAAAGUGCUCAAUGAAAGAGUUAAAAAGGCUCACAAAUUUAGCACUCAUCAAACAUCUGCAGUCCCUAUAACUGUUCCAACUCUGGUAAACGAUGAAGAAAUUCGAGCAGAAAAUUCCACUAAUGCAAUUGGCAAAAAUAUCUUAUUAAUGGGCAAUAAUCGUUGGAACAAUAAGUCUAUAAUAACUUUACCAAUAUCGUCUAAUUUCCAAUCUAAUAUCAUAGAUUCGCGUGCACUUUAUAUAGAUAACAAACAUAAAUUAAAAUAUUUACAACAUAUUAAAUUGCUACAAACACCUGAUGAUUCGACUUUGACUUCUAAUAAGACAUUGCUUGAUCUUACCGAACCAACUCUUGUAUUAAAUUCUUCUUCCACUAAUCCAGACGAAGAAAAAUCUAAUGAUACUAUUAAUAAAAAUUUAGAGAAUGGAAUCGGUAAGGAAAGAAAGUUUAAGAAACGUCAGGGCAAAAAUCUGGUAAUAUUCAAUAAAAACCUACGCAAUAGAAAAUAUUUAUCAACCAUUAAAACGGAUCCAUUAGUGCACACAGAUACAACGCCAAAAUCAUCUCACUAUGGAAGUAUUGAUUGGGCAAUCUAUAAAAUUGAUGAAAGGUUUCCCAGAACUCAGUCAAAUAUGAAUAUAAAAUUUUGGUUAGAAAAAUUUAAAUUAAAUAAGAAACAACCAAACAAAAGUUGCAUAUUUUUAAGAAAUCAAGGGUUUAACUAUUUUAAAGGUUCUCACAAUAUUUUAAUAGGUGAAAAAUUAUGUUCUUACGAUAAAAAAUAUAUUACUUCAAACAGCUUGAGAGAUUUUAAAUUUAACGAAAAAACUUGGAAUGCUAGAUAUGAUUUACCUCAUCCCUACUUUGUAAAUUCUCAGGGUAAAGUGGAUUUACAAUUAAAACCACGCUUUUCCACAGGUUUGGAUUUAAAUAAAAAUCGAAUAAAUGGAGUAUCCAAUGAAUCUACGCUGGAUUUAAUUUUAAGUAACAAACGCAAUGUGGAUAAUAUUAUGAAAAAAGAGUUCAAAGAAAUUAUCAUUACCACUAGAUCCAUAGAAGAUCUAACAGACUUCCUUGAUGAUUCUAGUAAUAACAAAUUAGACAGAACACUAAAUCUUUUUGAAAAAGAGUCAAAAUUAAACAAUCCUUAUUCAAACCAAAUUAAAGAAGAUAAAAAUGAGGUUAAAAAUCCAAAAUUGGAAUUGAGAGGCACUAAAAAAUUGUCUUUUAAUGUGAACUUACAGGAAAAUAUCAGCUAUACUAAAAAAUAUUCAGUCAAAAAACAAAUUAAAUUGUAUAAAGGAUUGUUGAAUAACAAGGCGGACAAGAAUGAUCCCUGUGAUAUCUUCUUUGAUGAUAAUAUGUCUAAUCAAUUUCAAAAUAAAUUAAUUUCCUCAAUAUCUUUGCUAUCUAACGAUGUUUCGAAUAAAAGCAAAAAUGCUUUCAAAUUUUUUAAGCAUCUAAUACCUACCUCUUUAAACCAAUAUACGUUUUACAAUGAUACUGUACCACAAUCAAAUUUGGCUUCAAUCAAAUCUUCCAUCUUAAUUUGUGACACUGCUCAAACGGAUUACUCGUUAGCUUUCAAAAAUUCUUUAUUAUGUUCCAGGCAUGUAAUUUGUAAUAAAAUAAAUACUUUAGAUGGUCCAAAAAAAAAUUACGAUUUCCAACCUAAUAGAAGACAUUAUUCGGAAGAUAGUUAUCAGUGCAAUUCGUCCACUUUAGAUAAAAGAAAAUCUUCGUUUUACAGAUCGAAAUUUAGUAUCAAUAAUGAUGGGAGUAAAAGGCGAGAUGACCUUAAAACUCUAGCCGACAUAGCUCCUACAAACAUAGGGGAGAUGACUAGCAAUUAUAUGGUCAAAUUGAUGAAACGUCGAAAUAAUAGUAAAAAACGGGACAAGAUGGCUAAAAAAGAAAAAAGAGCUACUAAAACAUUAGCUAUAGUUUUAAUUGUCUUCCUCAUCAGUUGGGUCCCAUUUUUUACGGUCAACUUGUUAAACGCUGUUUGUCAAAAACUGAAUCACGACCCAUGCAAACCGAGCAUAUUCUCCUUUACCUUAACCACAUGGAUCGGUUACAUAAAUAGUCUGAUGAACCCAGCAAUAUACACGAUAUUUAAUAUGGAAUUUAGAAAAGCGUUCAGAAAAUUAUUAUGUAGUAAAUAAUCCGAAAAUUAAAUAAUUUUAAUUAAACAUUACACACACACACCCUAAACAAAUGACACUUUCUAAUAUCUGAAGAAAAAUAUAGUAAAAUAUCAUGUAAAAUUUAGAAUAUUUAUAAUCAAAUUUCGAAUAUAUAAUAACGCCGCGUUUUUCGAAUAAUAUUUUAUAAUCAAUUAACUUCCUUUUUGAUUGAAAUUCAAUAUUAUAU